GCGCUCGCUCCGGUCGGAGAUCAUGGCGGCUGCGGCCACGAUGGCGACCUCGGGGUCUGCGCGGAAGCGGCUGCUCAAGGAAGAAGACAUGACAAAGGUGGAGUUCGAGACCAGCGAGGAGGUGGACGUCACGCCCACCUUUGACACCAUGGGCCUGCGGGAGGAUCUGCUGCGCGGCAUCUACGCCUACGGUUUUGAAAAGCCAUCAGCAAUUCAGCAGCGAGCCAUCAAGCAGAUAAUUAAAGGGAGGGAUGUCAUUGCUCAGUCUCAGUCUGGUACCGGCAAGACGGCCACUUUCAGUAUUUCUGUCCUCCAGUGUCUGGAUAUUCAGGUCCGGGAAACCCAAGCUCUGAUUCUGGCUCCCACGAGAGAGUUAGCUGUGCAGAUUCAGAAGGGCCUGCUUGCUCUUGGCGACUACAUGAACGUCCAGUGUCACGCCUGCAUCGGGGGCACCAACGUGGGGGAGGACAUCAGGAAGCUGGACUACGGGCAGCAUGUCGUCGCUGGCACACCUGGCCGCGUCUUUGACAUGAUCCGGCGCCGGAGCCUGAGGACACGAGCCAUCAAGAUGCUGGCCUUGGAUGAGGCCGACGAGAUGCUCAACAAAGGUUUCAAAGAACAGAUCUAUGACGUGUACAGGUACUUGCCUCCGGCCACACAGGUGGUGCUCAUCAGUGCCACGCUGCCCCACGAGAUCCUGGAGAUGACCAACAAGUUCAUGACCGACCCCAUCCGCAUCUUGGUGAAACGUGAUGAACUGACCCUGGAAGGCAUCAAACAGUUCUUCGUGGCUGUGGAACGGGAAGAGUGGAAGUUCGACACCCUGUGUGACCUGUACGACUCGCUGACCAUCACGCAGGCGGUCAUCUUCUGCAACACCAAGAGGAAGGUUGACUGGCUGACGGAGAAGAUGCGAGAAGCCAACUUCACUGUCUCCUCCAUGCACGGCGACAUGCCCCAGAAGGAGCGAGAGUCCAUUAUGAAGGAGUUCAGAUCCGGCGCCAGCCGCGUGCUCAUCUCCACAGACGUCUGGGCCCGGGGACUGGACGUCCCUCAAGUCUCCCUCAUUAUCAACUAUGACCUCCCCAACAACAGAGAGUUGUACAUACACAGAAUUGGGCGUUCUGGGCGAUAUGGCCGGAAGGGUGUGGCCAUCAACUUCGUGAAGAACGAUGACAUCCGCAUCCUCCGAGACAUCGAGCAAUACUACUCCACCCAGAUUGACGAGAUGCCCAUGAACGUUGCGGAUCUGAUCUGAAG